UCCAUGGAUGUAUUGGUGCAGUGGCUGGAGACCCCAGGCAACUACGACCGCUGGCGCGACAGUCCGUCAGCAGCCUGCCAAGAUGCGUUUUCGUUCCUGAAGGAGCCCGGGAUCGACCACAGAAGCGCGGGGGCGAUAGGAACCAAGAUCUACCGCACUAAGGAGAAAUGGGGGGACGUCACCACAUUGCUGAAGGACUCGGGUCUGUUUGACGCCUAUAAGAAGGGUGAAGUUGACGCUGGAAUACGUGCCAGCGUGAACAAGAAGUGCCCGGUAUACGAUCGGCUUUCGACCGUGUUU